AUGGGGUUUACUCAGCAUGCGAUUCCAAAGCUUUUUAGCAAAGCAAAAGAAAGGGGACAGAAAGAGAAUGGAAGAGAUUCGAUACUCUCUCGUCCCAAAGAAGAGGCAUUAGGUGCUAUAGAGCAAAGAAUGAUCUCAGACGAUGUGACGAAUGUGUCGAAGAGGACCCUCCAGGGUUUGGAACUGGAACACCGAUCACUGUCACCUUAA